GGGGAAGAUACCUUACCUAAAUAUACAUAUUCGAUCAGUGAUAAAGAUUCAAAGUCAACACUAUCCAUGGCACCCAUUCUUACUCUACAUCGAGUCACCACCCUUGAAGAGCUGAAAUCAUUGUCUUACAUCGGAGCAGAUGCAUUUCGUGAUGAUGCUGGUAUGAGUUGGUUUUUUCCCGGUGGCCGCGACCAUCCUGAAGAUUUUGUUGUGGCAUGGAAGUAUCUUCUACUGCAAGAUUUCUUGGACAGUGGAAAGUUCAUCCUCGCGGCCAAGGUUCGGGAUACCGACGAGGGCGCUGAGGGCGCGGACAGACACCCGGGCAGAAUAGUAGGAUUUGCAGUAUGGGAACGGACUGGCGUUUGUGAUGCAGCAAAAAGCUGGCAAGGGAGUAGCUUUUCCAAAAAGCUGAAACGGAUCUUUCUCGAUGUCAAAAUUGCCUAUACAUUCUUUCUGGACACACCACGAAGAUCCAUAUCCUGGUCAAAUCUGAAAUACUUUGGACGUGAGCUUGAUGCAGCUAAAGCUAGUCAACCAGCUGAGACAUGGUAUCUGAGUGUCUUGGCCGUCAGGACAACGGCCCAGGGGCAAGGGGUGGGUAAGAAAUUGCUUCAGUGGGGAAUUGAUCGAUCUGAGGAAGAGGGUAUUCCAUCUACUUUGGUAGCCACUGACGCAGGGAUUCCCUUGUACGGAAGUAGGGGAUUCAAACGCACCGGGUGGCUCUUUUUUGACGACGGGAAACAGAAGCAGACCAUCAUGAGGAGAGAUACCCAUUAUACUUGAUUUUUAUGAGAGGGAUGUGAUAUCAUCCUCAGUUGCGUUCUGGUGCAUAGCGUCAAGCCAUUCGAUCCUGCGUUUGCCUUGUCAUACCGAUGUAUCCUUAAUAUCGUACAAAUCUCAUGAUACAAUUAGACUUUGUAUUGUUCGGCAGAGUUGGUGGACUGUUGGGGACAACAUGAAUGAAUAUCUUCCAUGUGCACCCUCAAGUAUGAAUUUAGUAACUAGCUAGAAGCAUAGUACUCCGUUUCGUGGCAACUGGACUGGCACAGGAAUACGCUCGGUGAACCGGAAUAGGAACAUAUCAAAUGCAAUGAAAAACAGC